UAUGGUGAACAGAUCGGUAUGGUGGGCAUGGGCAGCAUGGGCAGCAUGGGCUCCAUGAUGUCCCUUCUCUUCGCUGCAAAGUCUACUACUAUGAUAUCAGUAGCGAGUACAAUAUGAAGGCAGCAGAGAAAAUGGUCAAGGACGUCAACGAAGAAACACAAGUCUUUCCACAACACAGCUAUCAACAACUCUGCAAAGAGAUUUACUCGGAGAACCACCCCAGAAUCAUCAUCUUUAGUAUCCCCCACGAAUAUCCCGGUGAUGAGUGCGUCAAGGCUCUUCGACCGUACAUGACCAAGGGAGAUAUUGUUCUUGGCUGUUCAAACGAAUACUAUGUCAAUACGGAACGUCGACAAGCGGACCUUGAAAAUGAUUGGAUCUUUUAUGUCGGCUGUGGUGUCUCAGGUGGUUAUCAGAGCGCACGAGCCGGCCCGUCAAUGUCGCCAGGCGGCGACCCCCAAGCCCUCGAAAUCAUCAUGCCGCUUCUCAGAACAGUCGCAGCAAAGGAUCGCGAUGGCAAACCAUGUACCAGCCCAAAUGCCACGGCUAGUUGGCAGGAACAUCCAUACCUUUUGGUUGACAAGAUCCCACAUUGCACGGCUGAGGAGUUUCGGGCGGUCUGGCACUCUGAAUUGCCCACAUAUCCUAAAGAUCGGACAAGCAAGAAAGGAUGGAAAUGGCCUAGCAGAGUCCAGCUGCAAUAUGACAAGUACAAACUCUGGGAGAGCCUCCGAAAUGAAGCAGCGCAAGUCUUCUGGAGGGAGCUCAGGCUUGCCUUUGGCCAUAUGCAAUUAACUAACAAGUUUCUAGUCACUUCAAAGAACGCAAUAGGCACCUCGAGAUGUAUCCGUUUGCGAGAGUUAGCCUGUGAAAAGGCGAAUAUCGUCAGUGCGCAUUUGUUUAAGUGUACUUCGGCAGAAUUCGAUCAGCGCGCUGCUGAUGCUGAGGCUUCUGGGCGUCGUGUUCAGCCUUCGGCGAUGAAAGUUGCUCCAAGAGAUGAUUCUAUCGAGGAUCUUCGACAGGCGACGUACUUCUGUCUGUUGUUGUGUUUCACGCAAGGUCUACAGAUCAUUCGAGAGAUGGACCAACAGCGACAAUGGCACAUCAACUAUCAAGAGCUUCUUCAUGUCUGGAGCGCUGGAUCAAUCAUUCAAGCUGGCGGUAUUAUGGACCUACUUCACAAAGUCUACAGCGAAUCACCCGGUCAAAAGAACAACCUCCUAUCCAACAGUACGCUCGAGAACCAACUGACCAACCUUCUGCCUUCAAUGAAGCGAUGCAUCAUCGCAGCGUUGGAGUCCGACAUGGUGAUCCCAGCCAUGAGUCAGAGUUUGGAAUACUACAAGUAUUCAACCUUGGUUGAUCUGCCCACUCAAUUAGCAGAAGCAGAACUGGAUUACUUUGGCAACCACAAGUUCCAUCUAAAGGAAGAACACAGAGGUGAACCAAGCAAGGGAAAGCACCACUUCGAAUGGAAGCCAGCGAAAGGAGAACCCGACAGGUUUCGGCUGUGAAGAUCCUAGAAUAGUCUCCGAAUAGUCUCCGUAAUACAAUAAGCAAUUACAUUUCAAC